AUGAAGGAGGAGAUCGCCGCCGCUGUGUUCUUCGUGGCUCGGCUGGUGAAGAGGUAUGGAUGUCUGGAUAACCGCGGCAGGGAGAGGUUCGCCACUGCGCUGACCUCUGCCCUGUUCGAGAGCUACAAGAACCACUGGCACCCGAAGGCUCCCAGCAAGGGUCAGGCCUACAGGUGUCUGCGUAUGAACCGUGUGCGGCUCCAGGACCCGGUGCUGCAGCAGGCCUGUGAGCGCAGCGCGGUGCGGUACCAGGACCUGGGCCUCCCCCACGAGCUGACCGUGUGGGUCGACCCUGGAGAGGUGUCCUGCAGGUACGGUGAACGCAGCUCCCCGUUCUGCGUCUCCGUGGUGGACAGCUGCCGGCGCGACGGGGGAUUCUCCAGACGGGUCCACGACGCCGUGGAGCGGGCGAGCCUUGACAUCCCGUCAGGAAGCUCCGACGACGAGGAGGAGGCCGGUGGAGACUUCAGCAUGAGCAGUAUGAGCAACAGCAUGAGCAGCAACAGCAUGAGCAGCAGCAGCGGCAGUUGUGGCGGCGGCAGCAGCGUCCUGUCGGUUCUCUGCCCGGCUCCGACCCCAGCCAACAACCUUGAACCCAAAACCAUCCCAACUGUCAGCAACCCCAACAGCGUCUACCGGUUCAGCGAGUAUUCUCCCGGCGCCCCUCAGACCUGGGUGAGGGAGAAGCGGAAGGCCUUCGCCGGUGACUCCUACCCUCCUCACCCUCCUCCAACCGGAGGCCCAGGCUCCCAGUUCUCCAUCCAGAAAGGCUUCAAGUCCUAUCGAGCCACGUUCACCUUCACUGGGCCUCGGGUGGACAAGUACCACUGGGUCAGCAAGUCUCGGUCCUGA